AUGUUACUUGGACAUUACACCGUUUUGUUGAGCCUGUGUUGUGGCCUGGCUCUUGCACGACCAUCCACUCGUUCGCCAAAGGAGCUUCCGCGUCGUCAAGAGGUGCCCAUCAAAACCAGGCCAAUGUGUGGGCAAAUCGUUGACGAAGUCAACAAUGGUGAGACCAAACCUUUCAUCCAACCUUACGAUGGGAGCCUGACAAGGAUAGGGACUAACGUAUUCUAUGCGGCUGAUGCAUACGAAUGCUUGAUGAGCGUCCCGUUCCACCAAGCUCCGGCACUUCGCUUCAUCGAGUACUACAACACCACGAUGCAAUUUCAGAGCAAUCUGGCGUACCUCAAGAAUCCGCCGGCAGGUUACCAGCAGCCCGCUUUUGACUUCAUGGGGGUCCUAGAAGAACUGAAGCACAAUGUCACAGCGGGAGUCUUCAAGAACCAGUACGACUUCGAGGCCAUGCUGCAAUACUUGGUUUACUCGGUUCAUGAUGCCCAUGUCAGCCUCUAUGCAGGCAUCCUAUCAGUCUUUUCCUACGCUAGCCCCAUACCCCUUGUUUCAGCAUCAAUUGAUGGAAAGGAAGCGCCCAAAGUCUACUUUGCAGAUGACAUCAUCGGCCGCCGGGACAACAUAUCGAACGGCGUCGAAAGCACGAUUUCCGCCGUAUCGCACAUCAACGGCGAGCCAGUCGUGGAGUUUCUCACCCGGUUUGCGGCCCUCCAGUCGGUUGGCAUGCUGGAGCCCCAUGCCGACUGGAACGAGCUAAUGGGCCACCCUGUUCAAAACGUUCAAAGAAUUUUCAGCAUCUUCUCCGGCUCGAGCACAUUCUAUCCAGGUGACAUCCUCACCUUCUCCUUCGAGGAUUCUAGCACACCUGACUGGGAGACGAAUUGGCUCGCCAUCUACAACACCGCCGAGUACACUGGCCCUCUGGAAACUCCUGGAGACUUCUACAACUUCUUCGUCCUUGGUUUGCUCCCUGAUUCGUAUGACGAAGUCCCGCUUCCAAUAGUCUUCAGAGGUCCGCUUGGCACAGAAACCCCGCCAGCUACUGGAGACACACCUACUGGAGGCGGAACUACCGAAGAGCCCGGGGCCUGGUACAAUAGGAGCUAUGGUGCCUUUCCACGAACCCCGGAUAUCCAGCAGGAUAACCUGGACGAUGAAAGCGUUCUCACAGGGUACUUUUAUGGAGACAUAUCGACGGGAGUACUCAGCAUCCCCCACUUCAGCCAGUAUGGAUUGGAAAUGGGCACCUUCGGCCUGGCUCUCGCGCAAUUCAUUGAGGGAGCCAAGGAAAAGAGAGUCUCCCGUAUUGUAAUCGAUCUGCAAAAGAACUUUGGUGGGUCGACAGGCAUCGCUCUGCUGCUCUUCCGCGAAUUCUUCCCCGGCAUCGACCCGUUCGCAGGGAGUCAACGACGCAGCCAUGAGUUGGGAAAUAUCUUGGGCUCGGCCAAAACACAGUACUGGCAAGGUUUAACAGCCGGUAAAGGAGAGCACUUGGGGCUUCUGGCAGAUGAGUGGGUGAUAGCGGCUCGACUCAACGCCGAGACUGGGCGUAAUUUCACUUCAUGGGAGGGGGAAUACGAGGGGCCCAGGCGACAGAACGACGACGACUUCUCGCUCGUGGUAAGUCAUAUGAACACGGCUUCACCACGGCAAGAUCCACAGCUAACUUCUUCGCGCUACAAGGAACGAUACGAUCUGAAGAACCCACAGUUCCACGAGGCAACAUUCGAUGGAUGGCGCCUUACCCGCUACCUUGACGACAGCGGCGAGCAGACUAGGACGAUGUGGAAGCCUGAUGAUGUGGUCAUCCUCACCGACGGAACCUGCUCCUCCGCCUGCGCCUUGUUCCUUGAACUCGCAAAGACCCAAGCCGGCGCCCGCACGGUCGUUGUGGGCGGCGCCCCGAAGCCGGGCCCGAUGCAGGCGGCAAGCGGGAGUCGGGGAGCGCGCCUCUACACCGGUGACACCCUCGACAAAGACUUUAGCUGGAUCAGAGAGGAAAACGAGGCUAUCCGGCGCCUCCUCCCGCAUGAUCGAAACGAGACAGGCAUAUUCGUCGACUAUGCUGCCUUCAACCUCCGUGACCAGUUGCGCGAGGACGACACCUCCACGCCUCUCCAGUUCCGCUACGUCCCAGCGGACUGCAGGCUUUACUUUACCGUGGAUAAUGUUUACAACAUGACGGCUCUAUGGCACGACGUCGCUCACGCCGCGUUCGAGAACCCAAGCCUCUGCGUCGAGGGCUCGACAGGGUAUGGUUCGCGGGACGGCAGGGCAAACGCGCCCCCGGAAUCGUCCGCGGUCCCGGCUCCCGUGCCGCGACCGGCCGUGGAAUUCACAGUCGACUAUGAUCCUUCCACGGAUAACGGUCUUCCAGCCGGCAUCGCUACCCCUCGUCCGAGCAGACACUCGGGCGCAAAAGAGGCCAAGCCGGGCCUAUGGGGACCCUGCCAGUUCAACGGCAACACAUGCGCAGGAACUCUGGUUUGCCAGUGGGUCAGGUACUUCUGUAACGCCGGUGGCGGAAGGCAGGAAUGGACUGAUCUUGCUUGCGUCCAGCGUUGCCAACGCCUUGAGGGCGGCGAUUGCGUCGUUGACAAAUCCUACGACGUCAAGGAGAGUGCAGCUCGCGCGUCACUGGUGAAGAGGGCCAAUGUGCCUCAACUUACUCCCGGAAAGGUCGUACGCACUAAGAAAACAAACCUGAGCCUCGCACCGCAUCCCCCCCAAAAUCCAGCCCACGGUAGUCAGAGAGGCCCAGUGUUCGAGUACCGCAGACCUCCGUCCAACCAUCCGAGUUUAUGCAACCGCCUUAAAAACAAUGGAGGAGCCCCUUUCCUAGUAGAUCGAACUCCAGUUGAUCUCCCACCGUCUGUAGGUGUUUAA